UAAUUACGUGGUAGCUCUUCGCUUCCUUGAAAGUCAAGGAAAUCACCGGGGUCACCUUUUUAUUCUUAUUUUAUUUAAAAACACUCCAAAUGGCACUUUUCUGUUACUGGAACAGUCAUUGGCGUUGUGUUGAGAAAAGACGGACAGAUGUCGUGCAGCAGGUUUUUGUGACAGGGCGCUUCCAGUGAAUGUGCUGGGCGUGUGUGAAGAUAACGCAAACAAGGGCUGGAUGUGAAAACUGUCAGGAACAGAUAAACCUCAGUAACCGUCGACCCCCGGCCUACAAUAAGUCAGUCUUUCUACUGACAAAAGUGUCAUGCAGUCAAAAGUGAGUCCAGAUACUCCACAUUUACAGCACUGCUCGAUGAUUUGCCCGUCUGACUUUAUACAGUAAGUUUCGACAGAUAAUGAUUAGGUGAGACUCCUAAACUUCAUUUUGUUCGUCUUUUUCUCCAAAUGUAUGAGACAAUGUUGCGAAUGACAAGAUUUACAAUCGGUAAACUGCAACAGUGUAACAUUACCUGCUCUCGGUCGGAUACAUUAUAUAAUUUGCCUAAUCGGACAUCAAGAACACCGUGGAGAAGUCAAGUGUCCAAGAAUGGAUCAUAUGAGUUCCUUGUGUUGCCUGUGUAUAAGGGAAGAAACAUGUCCAGGCUCUUUUAUCUCAAAACUGGAGGGUUAUUUUUACCCAAGAGUAUGUGGACACACUCCAGACACACGGUUGCUCUCUACAGCACAUCUACAGACUCCAAACAAACCUCAAAGACUGCGGUAAAUCAGGAGAGUAAGGUUAAAACCUCAGAAAGCACGUUGCCUGUACCCUCAGAAGAUGUCAAUAAGUUGCUACAGCUGGCGUAUCCUCAGCGAUGGAGACUGACAGCUGCCGUGAGCUUUCUGGUGAUCGCAAGCUCUGUCACCAUGUCUGCACCAUUUUUUCUGGGACAAGUGAUAGACACCAUCUACUCUAGCCCCACAGAGGACUUCACCGCCUCCCUUACCUCCCUGUGUUUCAUGCUAACAGGUGUCUUCCUCUGUGGAGGCGCUGCAAAUGCUGCUCGUGUCUACCUGAUGCAAAUCUCAGGGCAACAGAUUGUACGAAACUUGCGCGAAACCCUUUUCUCCUCGAUUUUGAAGCAGGAGGUGGGAUUCUUUGAUAAGACCCGAACGGGUGAGCUCAUUAACCGGCUUUCGGCAGACACGGCCAUCGUUGGACGCUGCCUCACUGACAACCUGUCUGAUGGGCUGCGAUCCCUCGCCCAGGCGGGGGCCGGGGUUGGCAUGAUGUUAUAUGUGUCACCUAGUCUGGCAGCCUUUGUGCUGAUGGUUGUUCCUCCUAUUGCCUGCCUGGCGGUAAUUUUCGGUAGAUUCCUACGAUCCAUAUCAAGACGCACACAGGAUGCAUUGGCAGAGGCCACACAGUUGGCAGAAGAGAGGAUCAGCAACAUGCGGACAGUCCGAGCUUUUGGAAAAGAGCUGACAGAGGUGCAGAAGUACUCAGAAAAGGUUGACCAUAUUUUUGAACUAGCUAAGAAAGAGGCUGUGCUUUCCGCUGGAUUCUAUGGAGUGACGGGACUGAGUGGAAAUGUCAUCAUCCUGAGUGUGUUGUAUAAGGGAGGUCUGCUGAUGGCCAGUGAAGCCAUGACCGUUGGGCAGCUCUCUUCUUUCCUAAUGUAUGCCUUCUGGGUGGGCAUUAGCAUCGCAGGUUUCAGCUCUUUCUAUUCUGAGUUGAUGAAGGGACUUGGUGCUGGGACUCGUCUAUGGGAACUCAUGGACCGAAAGCCAGAAUUUCCCCUCAAUGAGGGGCUUGUGUUGAAACCAGAGCAGUUUAAAGGAGAACUGGAGUUUCGUAAUGUGUGUUUUGCUUACCCAACGAGAAAGGAUUCGCCCAUCUUCCAGGAUCUAAGUUUGUCUGUGCCGGCGGGGUCAGUAAUGGCAGUAGUGGGAUCCAGUGGCUCUGGCAAAUCCACACUGGUGUCUUUGUUACUCCGGCUGUAUGAUCCUGAUUCAGGUGUGGUCACUGUUGAUGGCCGUGAUGUACGAGACUUGAAUCCUUACUGGCUGAGGAGUCACAUUGGUACUGUAAGCCAGGAGCCGGUUCUUUUUUCUUGUUCCAUUGCUGAGAACAUCGCUUAUGGGGCGACAGACCCAAGUCAGGUCACAGUAGAGGACAUCUACAGGGCAGCACAAAUAGCCAAUGCUCAUGACUUCAUCCAGGAUUUCCCUAAGGGCUAUGAUACACUGGUAGGAGAGAAGGGGGUACUGCUGUCAGGAGGACAAAAGCAGAGAGUCGCCAUAGCACGAGCCUUGCUGAAGAAUCCCAAAAUACUUUUAUUGGAUGAAGCCACAAGUGCUCUGGAUGCAGAGAAUGAGUUUCUGGUACAGGAAGCAUUAGAGAGGCUGCUGGACGGUCGCACAGUGUUGAUCAUCGCUCACCGUCUCUCCACCAUCCAGAGCGCAGAUGCCGUGGCUGUGCUGGACCAGCACCGCGUGAUGGAGAUCGGCAGCCAUGCCCAACUCCUUGCCAAUGACCAGGGGCUCUUCCACAAGCUGAUGGAGAAGCAGGCCUUCCUGCUGUCCGAGCAAAAAAAGGCUCUCUACAAAUAGGAGAAACAGUCAUUUAAAGACAACAAAGAGAGUGCACACAUUCAAACAUCUUUAAAUGCUCUUGAUAUGUUUUAUUGUGUUUUUGAGCACUCUGAAAGACUGAAAUGUAGCUAUUUAGCUUUUGCAGUGUCAUAAACUGCCAAGUAACUGGAAACCAGUUGUAUACUGAUCAUUGUUAAUUACAAUGGCAGACAGUCACAGCGUACAUGCUGUGGACAUGAUUUAAUACUCGUCAGAGUUGCGAAAUACAAUGCUUUUAAAAUUGUUUUAUGCUUUCAUAGCCCAAGAAAAACAGUAAUACAUUUGAAUGGAAAAGCUUGAAAGGGAUAUGAGGUAGAUUUGAAAUAUGAGACCAAGUUACUUGAUGCUACUAUUACUUGUAAUAAAUCAUGUCAGUCAUUUAUUAAGAAUCAGGUGAUAAUCAGCUUAUUGAAGUGUACAUAGGGCCUUAUUCAUGAUACAUGAGCAGAACUCAUUUCUGUGUAAAGGAGACAGAAAAACAU